AAUUCCAAUCUAGAAGUUUUCUUUAAUGAGGAUGAUGAAACGUGAUCUACUUUGAUUUCUAAAUUUCUACAUCAUUCGUUCAUGGCGUGAUUUUGUUGAACACAAGGUACCUUUAAUUUGAUGGUUAUAUAUGUUUAUUGCAUGUUGAUUUUGCUUCUGGAAAAGAUUAAAUCUUUUUACGGUUGCAACCUAUCCGGAUUUCAUAUUCCGGUGGAGUUCAUCUCUCUAUCUAGAAUAGUCUUAAUUGGGAUGGGUUGAUGGGCGUGGUGCAUAAUUAUACACAAAAUCUCUCAAAUGUUGUACAAGCUAGCUUCUGUUAAAGUGAUAAAUAUGCAAACUAGUAGCCCGAAUUUUUGUGGCAAUUCUUGAAAUUAAUAUCGAAAGCAUAAUGAGGAAAUGGCUUAGCAUUUUGGAUAUUAGUGUCAAAUUAAAAGUGAAAGAUGUUAUUGAAGAUCUAAAGCUGACCAAAGCUUAAAGGAAUGGCCCUUUUGGAUCUAUUCGCGGCGUCUUCUGUUCCUGUGGUGAAAGUGCUUCUGGUGACUGCAUUGGGCUCGUAUCUUGCUGUGGAUCGCGUCAACAUUCUAGGAGACGAUGCUAGGAAGCAUUUGAACAAUAUUACGUUCUUCGUUUUUAACCCAGCCCUGGUGUACAGCAACUUAGCCAGCACAUUAACAUUUGAAAGCAUGGUUGAGUUGUGGUUCAUGCCCUUUAAUAUCCUUAUCACCUUCAUAUUUGGUUCUGCGCUAGGAUGGGUGGUCAUUCAAUUCACCAGACCUCCUUCCCAUCUUCAUGGACUCGUUAUAGGUUGUUGUGCUGCAGGGAACUUGGGAAACCUGCUUCUGAUAAUAAUCCCAGCAGUGUGUAGAGAGAGUGGAAGCCCUUUCGGCGACAGUGAUGUUUGCGUCAAAUACGGAAUGGCAUACGCCUCACUCUCGAUGGCAAUAGGAGCAAUUUAUCUGUGGUCCUAUGUAUACAAUAUCAUUAGAGUAUCCUCAAGCCGGAGCUCAAGGGAAGUCGAGAUCAUUGACUCUCCCACCCAUAAGUCAUCAUCGUCUGGGAAGAGCCUCACAGAUCCUUUACUUUCUGAAACUGAAGACCAUGAAAAGGGAUUAGGACAUGGAUUUGAGAGCAAGCCUCAUCAGGUUUCUGUAUCAGACAACAUAAAGCAAAGAUUGGGGUCAGUUUUCAGUAAGAUCAACUUGAAGAAGAUAUUAGCACCAUCAACGACAGGAGCGUUUGUCGGAUUUGUAGUUGGACUCGUGCCACAAAUCCGAGGACUCCUAAUCGGUGAUGAAGCUCCAUUCCAUGUACUACAAGACAUUGCACUUUUGAUCGGGGAUGGAGCCAUUCCAGCUGUCACGCUUGUCAUGGGUGGAAACCUUUUAAGAGGUUUAAGAGGUUCGGGAAUUGAGAAGUCUGUUAUUUUUGGAGUUGUAGGUGUUCGGUACCUUGCCCUGCCGCUGUUAGGCAUUGCAGUGGUUAAAGGGGCGAUCCGGUUGGGUUUAGUGCAUGAUAAUCCACUGUAUGAGUUUGUUCUUUUGCUGCAAUUUGCCAUUCCUCCUGCAAUGAACAUUGGAACAAUAACUCAAUUGUUUGGUGCUGGUGAGAUGGAAUGCUCGGUGAUUAUGUUAUGGUGUUAUUCCUUGGCUUCUGUUGCUCUCACUAUAUGGUCAACAUUUUUUCUGUGGCUCGUCUCUUACACUGAUGAGGGAUGAAGCUUUCAAGCGCUCAACGAGACACGAUGCUCGACUUAUAACAAACUUUGAUUGGAGGACUUAAUUUCUUUGACUGAGCUUGUAGCUAGGUGUGCGAAUCAGUCGUUGGUGUUCAACUCUAGCAGCUACUACAAUAUUGAAACCAAGAGAGCAUACAUAGUUGGUGAUGUAGAGCAACUAUUAGAGGAACCUCUCUAAUGUACUAACAAAAUGAAUCAACACAAUUUGUUGAACGAGCGACAAGACCAUCCGAAUCCGCGGACAACAAGAGCUUAAUCCAAAGUUCUCAAA